AUAAUCUCCACGUAAUCGGCGGAGGUUUUGUUUUUGGGGGCGCGCAACCUGCCGAAUGUCGCGUUAGUCGCGCUGUUAUCAUCAUCAUCAUCAUCCUCAGCAUCCUCAGUUCGUUGGAGGAGGAGGUGGACUGUGCUGCUGAUGGAAUGCAGUGAAGGUGGGAUGUCGAUCUCCAAUCUCACCGUCAAGUGGGCCGGAAAAGAAUACCUGAUUCCAGAUUUGCCCCAGCACGCCUGCGUAGUGGACUUGAAGGAUGCGAUUUUUAAGAAGACUGGUGUCCAUCCCGAGCGCCAGAAGCUGGUGGGCAUGAAAUGCAAAGGUAAGCCGAUAGCGGAAUGGGUGCGCCUGAGCGACCUCAAGAUGGAGCCCAACUCGAAGAUCAUGAUGAUCGGCAGCCUGGAGCAGAACAUUCAGUAUGCAUCGACGCCCCCGACCGAUCUCCCCGAGGUGGUGAACGACCUGGACGAAGAAGAUGACAAGGGGGUGCUCGUCGAGAACCGGGAGGAGUUUGUGCGCAAGAUCACGAAGCGAAUAAAGUCCUACGAAAUCAAGAUGCUCCACGAGCCGAGGCCGGGCAAGAGGCUCCUUGUGCUCGACAUCGACUACACCGUUUUUGAUCACCGAAGCACUGGCCAGUCGAUAGAAGAGCUGAUGAGGCCGUUCCUUCAUGAGUUCCUUACGUCUGCUUAUGAAGACUAUGACAUUGCGUUUUGGUCGGCCACGAAUAUGAAGUGGAUUGAUACCAAGCUUUGGGAACUUGGAGUCACGCGCCACGCCGAGUACAAGAUUUGCUUCUUGCUUGACUCCGCUGCCAUGAUCAGCCUGCACACGUCAAAAUUUGGCAUGGUGGAUAUCAAGCCCCUGGCACUAAUUUGGGCCAAGUUGCCGAAUUACCGACCGGAAAAUACCAUCAUGUUCGAUGACAUUCGUCGCAAUUUCCUCAUGAACCCCCAGAGUGGACUGAGGGUACGGCCGUUCCGCAACGCGCAUCAACUUCGCGACACCGACCGGGAGUUGUUGAAGCUUGCCCGCUACCUGAAAGACAUUGUCCCGGUGGAAGACUUCACGGAUCUCAAUCAUCGUAACUGGGAGAGCUACAAGCCAAAGAAAACAGCUUCUGAAGCAAGCAAUGACGGGUCCAAGACAUGAUUGAAGACUAGCGCUCUGGAAAAGUGUGUUGUUUUGGUGUUUUUUUUUUUUAUAACCAUAUAUUUUUACACUAAUAAAAGGCUUUAACACCGUU